AUGCAGCACUAUGGAGUGAACGGUUACUCCCUCCACGCCAUGAACUCGCUGAGCGCCAUGUACAACCUCCACCAGCAGGCAGCUCAGCAAGCCCAGCACGCCCCUGACUACAGGCCCUCGGUGCAUGCCCUCACCCUGGCAGAGAGACUGGCCGGCUGUACAUUUCAAGACAUCAUUUUGGAGGCACGUUAUGGAUCCCAGCACCGCAAACAAAGGCGAAGCCGCACGGCCUUCACUGCCCAACAGCUGGAGGCGCUGGAGAAGACCUUCCAGAAGACUCAUUACCCAGAUGUGGUGAUGAGAGAGCGGCUGGCCAUGUGCACAAACCUCCCUGAGGCCAGAGUCCAGGUUUGGUUCAAGAACCGGAGAGCCAAAUUCCGGAAGAAGCAGCGUAGCCUGCAGAAGGAGCAGCUGCAGAAGCAGAAGGACUGUGAAGGGAGCCACAGUGAGGGAAAGAUGGAGCUGCCCAUGCUGGAGACCCAGGCUACCCCCCCGGACACUGAGAAAGUCCAGAGCCUCCAGAGCGAGGUAGGCACGGACCUCAACCUAACCCUAUCGGAGCAGUCAGCAAGUGAGUCAGCACCUGAGGACCAGACCGACAGAGAAGAGGAGUUUAAGAGCACCUUGGAUGAGGUUAAAGUGGACAAGAGCCCUGGUGUGGACAGCAAGACUUUGAACUGCAAGAGAGCAAGCCCAAAAGCAGAGUCCCCUAUCAGCGUGACUGUGACGCCUUCAUCCAGCAGUGGCUUGGCUCAGACUCACUCCUACUCAUCCUCACCCCUGAGCCUCUUCCGCCUGCAGGAGCAAUUCCGCCAGCACAUGGCAGCCACCAACAACUUGGUCCAUUACUCCUCCUUCGAAAUGGGGACACCAUCUGCUAUGCCCUACUUGGGCAUGAACGUCAACAUGGCCCCGCUGAGCUCCCUGCACUGUCAGUCCUAUUACCAGUCGCUCUCCCACGCUCAGCAGGUCUGGUCCUCACCCAUCCUGCAGGCCUCCAGCUCUCUUCCAAGCCUGAACAGUAAAACGACGAGUAUUGAGAAUCUAAGGCUCCGAGCAAAGCAACAUGCAGCAUCUCUUGGGCUUGACACCCUACCCAACUGA